AUGAUUGACGAAUUCCUUAAACCACUUAACCAAGAGAGGACUAUAAAUGAUUGUCAAGACUCUCCAACUAGCAGCGAACUUUGCUUUUAAUAAUUACUCAAUUACGAUCUUCUGAAUAUUGGAUCAGAGAGACUUCACUACUUUCCUGUAGACUUUUAAAUUCCUGCUGUUUAAAUCGAUACUGAAUCAGAAGACCACGGAUUUACGCUAAAUGUGCCGGAAAUAAAAUCAGAAAUUGAUUUUGAUCACUAUAACGCACUGUAUUAAGAUUUAUAUCCGGUUGAAGAAGAAAAAUAAUUAAACAGUAACAAAGACGACGAGCAGCUGACUAAUAUUAUAAUAUCAUCAUCAUCAAAGAAUAAGAUCCUAGAGUAAUCAGUCAUUAUUACAAAAGAACAAUAAGAUUAGGGUGAAUUCACUGAAAGUAAUGCGGAUAUAGCAAUGUAAGAGUAGAAGCAAGUAAGAUUCGGCAGGAGACACGAUGAAUAGAUUUCGAAAAUUGACACAAAAAAUAUGUGCCGAUCAAUCAAGAAAAAAUACUAACCUAAAUUGCAAUUGAUCACUUAACAAAGGACCAAUAAAUUCGAAUAAGGAAUUUAUCUGGCAAAUGUUAACCGCAAAGACGUAGUGCUAAAAACUCUAGUUAGAGAGAUAAGAAAAGUCUAUCUAAAGUAGUUCUAAGAAUAAAGUAGAUACUUGAGCGUGGCUCGGUACAGACAUUAAAAAUAUUAUCUAUUCGCAAUUAAAAAUUUCACAGAGAAGCUAUUUUUUAACACGGAAAGAAUUCAAAACAAGCCUCUGAAUGACGCAGAAAGCUUUGAACCUGAUUUUAGCGAUGAAAUUGUAUUUUUCUUUGGGUCAGUGUUCUAUCCGAAGAAAAUGGUUUAAGUAAUAGAGGAUGAGAAAUCGCAAAAACUUGUUAAAACACUGAAUUCUUCAUUCUUCAGCACUAUAUAGAAAAUCAUGCAUAAAACUCAUUAUAAACCAAUAAAACAAUGGUAAAUUCACAGGAAGAUUUCUAAGAAGGAAUGA